CCGCACUUUCAUACCCAAAGGGUUUUGCUCUGAUGUCGGAAGCGUUUAUAUGUCCUUAAGCCUCUAAAAAUUCAGUUGAUAAAGCCCUGGCUUUUCAAUCCUCGAUCUGCACCUUUAUCCUCUUGGCGCGAGUCAAAAAGCUCACUAAAACAAUAUCCUCUCUCUUCAUUCCAUCUUCUCUUUUCCCUGUACAUAUAUUGCACUCAUCAGUUCUCUUCCAUGCACCGAUGCACGUCCAGUAAAAAUCAUAAACCUUACAAGCACUUUUGAUCUUGUUUUUCCUCCUCUUCAGAAACCUAAAACCAAGCUAGAGCCAUGAAAACUGAGUUAAAAGGAAGCACUACUUCCAUUUCCCUCCAAUAUCCAACUCUCUUCAACGCACCGCACAAUAAUCCUGAUAUCUCAGGAGCACUCAAAGGCUGCCUCGGGAGCCUCGAUGGAGGUUGUAUAGAGAAGCUCUUGCUUCACUGUGCCAGUGCUUUAGAGAGCAACGAUGUAACUUUAGCUCAACAAGUCAUGUGGGUGCUCAAUAAUGUCGCUUCUCCAGUUGGCGACACCAACCAAAGGCUCACCUCGUGGUUUCUCAGAGCCUUAAUCUCUAGGGCUUCACGAGUCUGCCCCAUGAACUUCAACGGGAGAAGCAGUACCAUCCAGAGAAGGUUGAUGUCCGUGACAGAGCUUGCAGGGUACGUUGAUCUUAUCCCUUGGCAUAGGUUUGGGUUUUGUGCUUCCAAUAGUGCUAUUCUUAAAGCAAUUCAUGGAUUCCAAAGAGUGCACAUACUAGAUUUUAGCAUUACCCAUUGUAUGCAGUGGCCUACACUUAUAGAUGCCUUGGCCAAAAGGCCUGAAGGCCCUCCUGAGGUUAAAAUCACAGUGCCUUCUUGUAGGCCAUCUGUCCCACCUUUGGUCAAUAUUUCAAUAGAAGAAGUUGGGCUGCGCCUGGGGAAUUUUGCUAAGUUCAGGGAGGUCCUUUUUGAGUUUAAUGUGAUUCGAAGGAGCGCAUCUUCUGAAUUGAGCAAUGUUAAUAAUGAUUCAUCCUGCUUUCCCUUUGAGUCAUUGUUAAGUCACCUGAAUCCCGCUACGUUAAAUCUUAGGGAAGACGAAGCUUUGGUGAUAAAUUGUCAAAAUUGGCUACGUUACUUGUCCGAUGAAAGAAAGGAGAGUUUCCAAGAUGCGUCCCCUAGGGAUACUUUCAUAAAUCUAAUUAAAAGUCUUAACCCUAGAAUAGUACUAUUGGUUGAUGAGGAUUGUGAUCUUAGUGUCCCAAGUCUCACGUCAAGAAUCACCACUUGUUUCAACUAUUUGUGGAUACCCUUUGAUGCUUUGGAGACCUUUUUGCCUAAAGACAGCAACCACAGGGUAGAGUAUGAAUCUGACAUAGGCCAGAAAAUUGAGAACAUCAUCAGCUUCGAGGGGGUUCAGAGAAUAGAGAGAUUAGAAAGUGGGGCGAAAAUGUCGCAAAGGAUGAAAAACGGAGGCUUCUUCAACGUUCCAUUUUGUGAAGAAACCGUGAGAGAUGUUAAGGCUUUGCUUGAUGAGCAUGCUAGUGGAUGGGGAAUGAAGAGAGAAGAAGAUAUGUUGGUCCUCACAUGGAAAGGCCAUAACUCUGUAAUCGCCACAGCUUGGGUCCCCAGUGAGUUAAGCGAUCAUAUGGGUGUGGGCUGAGCUGUCUUUAUAAUAAGGACUUAAACCUCAUUUGGUCCCUCCCUAUCAAUUCACUGAUCACUCGAUAUAAAAGUUUUGUAUCAUUCUAGUAUUCGCACACGUAAUUUUGGUUCAAUUAUUUGAAUAUUGAAAGUACUAAAGUGAUAUAAAAAAACUUCUGAAUAUUGAUCAAUAUACCAUGAGGUUUGAGUCCUUAAGCAUACUAAAUUUACAACAAGAGACAGCAAGAGAAAUGGGCCUAGCUAGCAUGAGAGGGAUUUGAGUUUUGGUUGAGUGGUCCAGGGAGAGAGGCAGAGAAGCGAAAUCAGUUAAAGUUGAAGGCUGUAUGGAAAGGCUGCAAAAUGACCAGCAAGAGACAAGAAAGGAAAAGCGGCUUUCAUUUUGAUUGUAAUUCUCGUCUGCUAGCUACUGCGAUGAAGCCGAGGCUGUUAGAUCACACGAAAGGCAUAAAAGUUAAAUGUGCUGAUUGUCUUUGUACAAGAGUCAAAACUGUGUCUCUCAGCCAGCCAUGCAUAUACAUAUAUACAUAUAUGUAUUCCCCUUUUGAUGCAGCUUUUGUUUUCUGCCUUCGAACUCAGUGCAAGAGGUUCUCUUGGUUGCUAAGAAGAUCUCUCUUAGUAUAUUUUGUUUUCUUAUUUCAAUCUGCAACAGACUCUCAUGAUUUCCAAACCCUUUUGUUACAGCAUCUGCAUAAGCGAAGGUCAGGCAAGAGUGCAAGGCCCUCUCACAGAUAUGCAAGUCAAUAAAUAUAUAUAUCAGAAUUCUUUCAAGCCUA